UUUCCGUUCAGUUAAGUUCCGUCUAUCGCGAGAUUCGGUCACGCAAUCCAUAAUCGUAUCAUUUUAGUAGUGUGUUAGUAGACGCAUCUAACGUCAACGACUACAACUCAAUUGUGCUGUAGUGAUUCGCGUGCUGAAUUGUCUUCAAGUGUGCGCCGAAAAUUACAGCUAUUCCUGCCUGGAGGACAAACAAUAAAAAUUACCUUUUGAGCACCCCUGCGCUGGAACUCCAAUUCUGCCCAGUCAGCAAGCGUCUACUUCCAAGUUUCCUGGUCAGUCGUGCCAUAUCGGCCCUCAGACAACAACGGGACCGAACUCGACGUUGCAGUUGAAGCUCAGCCGGUGUCAUUCAGUCAGUCGGUCAGUGACCAUCGGAAAACCAAGUGCAGGGGAACCAUGCUCGAAUCGGUGGUUAGUGACUCCGUGGUGGCGGUGCUGGCCGUGCUCGGAAUCUACGCAACGCUGGACUACCUGAUCGUCAACUGCCGGACACCGGUGGGGAUUUUGUGCAACUACUUCGCCACUCGGCGGGUCUCAUUUCCGGAACGUUACGGACCUUGGGCCGUGAUAACGGGCUCUUCGGAUGGAAUCGGCAAGCAGUACGCGUUCAACCUGGCCGCCAAAGGGAUGAACGUGAUGCUCAUCUCGCGAACCGAAUCAAAGCUGGUUGAAAUCGCCAAAGAAAUCACCACCAAGUACCCGGUGCAGGUCAAGUGGCUGGCGGUGGACUUUUCCGAAGGGUUCAAACUGUACGACAAAAUUGAAGUUGCUCUGGCCGGAUUGGACAUCGGAAUUCUAGUAAACAACGUCGGCAUGGCGCACGAGCACCCGCUCGAGUUCGAGAAGAUCUGCCUGCGCGAACUGGAGCACAUCAUCCAGGUCAACAUGGGCGCCACCGUCAUGAUGACCCGCAUCGUGCUUCCGGAGAUGAAGCGCCGCGACCGGGGCCUCGUGGUCAACGUGUCCUCUUCGGCGGGGCUGAACCACCUGCCGUACCUGUCGAUGUACGCCGCCACCAAGGCCUUCCUGAACAGCUUUAGCCGGGCGUUGAAGGAGGAGUUGUUCUUCACGAACGUGCACUGCCAGCUGGUGAUUCCGAUGUUCGUGCUGACGAACAUCAACGCCGAGUGGGAGACGGUGUGGUGGUGGGCGAUGAUCGCGACGAACGUGGAGAAGUUUACGCGUUCGGCGGUCGGGACUAUUGGCCGGAGUGGGGUCACGGCCGGGUAUUGGGCGCAUGAGAUACAGAUUGCAUUAAUCAGGUUGAUGCCAGGAUGGCUGUUCUCCAAGAUGUUCUACUGCAUAGCUCGACCGUUCAAAAAGCAACCAGAUGAGAAACCUGUUAUAAAGAUAAACAACAAUUAUUAAGUCAGAUUAGAUUAGUCAAUUUAGCUUUAACUAGGUUUUAGACACGCCAUGCAACAACAAUGUAUAUAAGCCAAAGGCCAUUGACCCAAUCAUCACCUAUUGACGCUCAUUAAACCAGACCACCUAGUACACAACA